CAUGUAUUUGAGUUUGUCUCAGAAAAAGGCACUUGCCCUCGCCCUCGUACAGUGGCGAAAAAAAUGAAGAAAAAGAGUUUGGGUCCAUGAAAUGCUGCUACGUCACCAAGAAAAAGGAGAGUUUAACUUGGUUAGAGAGCUGCAGAACCACAACGAGAGGUUUCAGUCGUAUUUCAGGCUGGAUAAGGAUAAAUUUGACGUCCUUUUGGAGAAGAUUAAACCUCUUAUCAGCAAACUGGAUGUAGGAUUCCGUCAUCCCAUCUCUCCAGAGGAACGCCUGGCCAUCUGUUUGAGGUAUUUAGCCACUGGGGACUCCUGCGCCAGCAUUGCCUCCAGCUACUGUGUUGGAGUUUCCACAGUGGCAACAACUGUCCCCAGUGUUGCCACAGCAAUUCGGGAGAGUUUGGUGGGGGAAUACAUGCCCUUCCCCAAAAAAGAUGAUUGGCGUGACAUUGCCAAAGAGUUCCAGCAGAGAUGGAACUUCCUGAACUGUGUUGGCGCUAUUGAUGGAAAACAUGUUGUCAUCCAGGCUCUUGCAUCAUCUGGUUCGCAGUUUUACAACUAUAAAGGAACUUUUUCCAUUGUCCUGCUGGCUGUGGUUGAUGCCAGGUACCGAUUCCGAGUGGUAGACGUAGGAGCGUAUGGACGAAACAGCGAUGGAGGUACUUUUGCUGCUUCCCCUUUUAGAAAGGCUCUCCAGGCAGACUGGAUCUCCCAGGUGACCUUCAUCUCCAGGAUGCUGAACAUCUAG